UUCAUCUGCAAUAACCUCACAUCCAUGCAAAUUUUGCUACAAUCUUUCGAACUUAGGGUUUUUUCUUUUUUUUUCAUGAAUUUCGUUUUCCUCUAUGGUUGUUCUCCCAAUUUUUAUAGACCUCAGAAAACCUAGAAAUUUCCAUUUCCGGGUAAUGUCACGAUAGCUUGGAAGUGGCACCAUUGAGUUCCUCUGAUUUUGGUUCCUUGCGAUAGAGAAAACUUAGAAUUCUCUUAUAGAGAGGUGAUAAACCCACAUUUGGGGCUUUAGGUUUUCGAGCCCAAGUCAGGUUUGAAUGGUUUGGUAAGAAAGCAGGGGAGUUUCUGAGAAUGGGGUGUUGCAGUAGCAAGGAAGUUAAUGGGGCAGCUAGCAGGACUUCAAGAUGGCGCUCUACUGGUAUUGUUGGUCUAAGGGAUUCAAAAUUGAAGACAAUACCAAAUGAUGUCCUUGAUCUUGAAAGAGCUGUGCGCACACUAGACCUAACGCAUAAUAAAAUAGUUGACAUUCCUCUGGAGAUCAGUAAAUUAGUCAACGUGCAGCGACUGAUUCUGGCUGACAAUCUUAUUCAGAAUCUCCCUUUGAAUUUGGGAAGACUUCAGUCUUUAAAGAUCCUAGUACUUGAUGGCAAUCGGAUUACAGCCAUGCCUGAUGAGUUGGGCCUACUAAUCCGGCUUGAGCGCUUGUCAAUUUCUGGAAAUUUGCUGUCAUGCUUGCCAGAAACUAUUGGCAGCUUGCGGAGUCUUCAGCUGUUGAAUGUGUCAAAUAAUAAAUUAAAGUUCUUACCAGAGUCAAUUGGAAGUUGCUUCUCCUUGGAAGAGCUGCAAGCCGAUGGUAACUCCAUUGAUGCUCUCCCUCUAUCAAUCUGCAGCCUCAUUCACUUAAAGUCUCUUUCCUUGAACCAUAACAAUGUGAACCAGAUUCCUCCAGCUUUAUUGAAGGACUGCAAGUCCCUUCAGAGUAUUUCUCUUCAUGAUAAUCCUAUUUCCAUGAACCAAUUCCAGCAAAUGGAAGGGUUUCAAGAGUUUGAAUCGAGAAGAAAGAAGAAAUUCGACAAGCAGAUCGACGCGAAUGUGAUGAUCAAUUCUGCUGGCCUCGAUGAAGGGCUUGACUUGCGAUAGUACUAUUCUUCGUAUAGUAUAUGCUUUGUUAAAGAGACAAGGAUAGCCAAUUUUGGACCAUGUAUGUAGCAGGCUGGAGUAUACUGAAGCAGGUUUGGUCGGUGCGUCUAGAUACAGUCUCUCUCUCAAAUUCUUGUGGAAUAAUUGGCGAACGCAUGGAAAUGGAAUAAAGUUGAACAGCACGUGCGUACAAAAACUCACUUGCCAACAUAAAAUACUUAGUACAGAGAUUUAUAUUCUGUAUUACAGGUGAAAUCAUGCAUCUACUCAUGAUUGCUUAUGACAUUUAUUGAAUUGUUCCCUAAAUUUUGAAGCAAUUGAUGAAUUCAGGGUUUGCAAUAACAACUAUUUCAAUUCUAGUUGUUCUAACUCAUUUCAUCAUUGGUAUACAUAUAUGACAUGGGCAUCAUUGUCUUUGUGAGUA